AAAAAAAAUAUUUAUUUAUUUAUUUAUGUUUUCGUAAUAUAUUAAAAACUUGAUAUAUAAAUUACAAAAUUCCAUCGAUAUGAUCACAUCAGUAAUUGGACUUAGGAGGGACCGAAAGAAUGCAGUUUCAAAGGAUUUCAAUUCAAUGAUGCUAUACAAGAAGCCACCAAAAGGUCGUGGAAGACCUUCAAAGGGAGGACAAGCACUUCGAUCAAAACGAUAUUAUAUUAAAAAUCAUUUAAUGGUAUUGCAAAAGAGACGACUAAAGAGAUACAUAGAUAAAGUGAAAAAAUGGAUAGCUAAAUUUGAACAUGAUUCAGUACUUAUUCUUAAUGAGCUUGAUCUUUACUGUAAAAAGGCAGUAAAGAUGCUUCAAGUAUUUGGAAGAAAUCAUCUUUUAUAUUAUAUUAAUUCAGCAAGAGAGGAUCACUAUUUGGCCUUUAUGAAUGAAGAAGGGGAAGCAUUUAUGGACUUGCUUUUUGAGAAUGCUAAAGAGCAACAAAGUAAACCUUCACAUUCAAUGUUAGAUAGAAUAGAAAGGGAAUUAAGGGAAAAUCAUUUGCCAUUAUUGUUUACAUUAUCAACUCUAUUAUCAGCUUAUUUAUUACUUAAUUAUGCAGAAAAAGUAAAUGAACGAAUGGCAGAUGAAGAUAGAAAAGAAAAGAUUAAACAAAACUGUCUUGAGAUUUACAAAGUCUCAUAUAGUCAUAUUAUUGCAUAUUAUAAAGAUAACACUGAUGAUGACAAUAAAGAAACAAAAGUAGUCGAUCUGCCAGAGUUCAUUGAAGAAAACAAAGAUUAUGGAGGUGAUGAAGGAACUGUUAAUGAAGAUAAAGAUGAAGGAACUGCUAAUAAUGAAGCUAGAAAUGAGGGAACUGUUAAUGAAGCUAGAGAUGACUUUGAUUGUAUGGAGACAAAAUAUAACAAAAAGGAAAAGGCUUGCAGUAAUAAAGCAUUGAAAAUUAAGAAAGAAAAAAGAAAGCGUUUUCUUAAAAGAAAAUAAAAAUGUCCUAAUAAUAACUCAUUAAAAGUUGUGUUACCUCCUCGUCAAAUAGAUAACUACUGGACUUCAAAUUAUCUUUUUAUAAAUAGAGUAAAAGGGUAGUUAGUUGUUCGUUUUUUUUUUCUUUUAAAAAAAAUAAAAUAAUGUCUUUUUUCGAUACUCUUCCUUUUUCUUAUACAGAAGUCAAUA